AUGGUUAGAAAUAUCCUAGAAAAAUCUCUGGAAAAAGUAAACAAAUGGCUUAAAGAGAGAGGAUUAGAAAUAUCUCCGGAAAAAACGGUGCUCAUGGUUUUCUCAAGGAAAAGAAAGAGGGAAGUUAUCAGGGUGAAGAUCGAAGGAAAGAAUAUAGAGGAAUCAGAAGAAACUAAAUUUUUAGGCAUCAAUAUAAAUAACAAACUUAACUGGAACAGUCAUAUAUCGGCGAUAAAAACAAAAGCUAAACAAUGUAAUAAUAUUAUCAAAGCAGUAGCUGGCUGGAAGUGGGGGGCCCAUCCUUCCUCAGUCUUACAAAUUUAUAAGGGCCUGGUGAGAGCCACAAUAGACUGGGGACUCAUCUUUUACCAGGACACAUCAGAAUCUAACCUCGUAAAAAUAAAGAGGGUACAAUAUGCUGCACUUAGAAGUGCCACAGGCAAUCUCAUUACCACACCACUGAAUGUCUUACUUCACCUGGCUGCGGAGCCAGACCUAAAAAGCAGAGCGAGAUACUUAUCUAGGAAAUUCUUGAUAAGAACAUCGUCUAAGUCACAGAACCAAUUGGACCCAGCAUUCAGAUUAAUGAGGGCUGCUUAUAAUAGACUUCUCAGCAAAAAUCAGGAGAAGAAGGGGGCUAGAUUCCUCCCAACUCUGUUUGAACUCUGGGAAAAGGAAGCGGACACCAUAGGCAGCAUCAACAAGUACGACAAACCUGCAAUGGCAAUGGUCAGCUACCAUAGCAGGUUCAUCACAACGGAUAUAGACACGGAAACUGGAAGAGAAGCUAUUAAAAGCCAAAAUGUAAAAGAAAAGUGGAAGGAACUGAUAGAUCAAGCUUAUCCGGAGUACACGCAAAUUUACACAGACGGAUCAAAAACUAAGAACGGUGUAGCAGCAGCGGCAAUCUGCCCGGAAAAAAAAUUAGCAGUGAGUGGAUCCAUGGACAAACGGAUAACUAUAAUGGCAGCUGAAAUUCAGGCCAUCAAAAUGGCAAUCAGGAUGGCAGUUAGAGCUGAAAUUAAAAAAGUAGUUAUAUGCACAGACUCCCUAUCCACUCUGGAGGCUCUGGGGGGACCAGGCAGCCCCAAAGAUGACAAAGGAAUUAUGGAGAUCAGACAAAGUCUUGGGGAAUCCAAAGACAUGGGCGUUAAUAUCACCAUGAUAUGGACUCCUGCGCAUAAGGGUAUAGAAGGCAACGAUGAAGUGGAUAAGAUGGCAAAACAGGUUGCUAACGACAACAAUCCACAAAACAAAAUCGAAGGCCUAGAAGCAGAGCACUGCUAUGGAAUAUUUAAAGAACAUCUACACAAGGAAACAUUUGAGGAUAUGACUAAGUAUCCCAAGGGAAAGGAAUUGUGCGGUCCAGUCACUGGUCCUCACAUCUUCACCAGCAGUGACUUAUCCCCUACAUGA